GACAGUUUUCCGCACUAAAUUCACCAGUACUCGUGUUUAUACGGCGACGACACUAUGUAGGCUUUACCAGUUUGUUUUCUGAAUAACAAUAAAAAUGCCUAAUACAAACAGUUUGAAAUCGCUCAUAAGCUUGAUAGGAAGUGAAGAAAAUUAUUCUUGCAACGUUUCGAUUCGCGCCGAAUUGGAUACAGCAGCCCUGAAUGAGUUGAGUAAUUUACAAAAAUCACGAACACCGGAAGAAUGUGGGACAUACCAGAAAAUUCUCUACGAAGAUAACCAGUGUCCGAGACCAAACACGGGUGAACCAUCAAACUGGACCUAUGCAACUACCAUAUUCGAGAUUCUGUUACAAAUCUGUGAUGAGCUUGAGAGCAACGAUGACUUUCCGAUCUCGGUGAACGAAGCGAAAAAAGUUCACAUUGGUAUUCGAAAGUCCAUCGAAUAUGGUUUGAAACCAUUUCUGUUGGGAGUUGCAAGUCCGAUCGAUUUUCGUUUGCCGUUCAUUGUUGCAAGUACCAAGGUUUUGUUGAAAAUUGCGAAUAACAAAUUUUUCCCAUUGAUUUGUACCCGAAGUGAUCAACACCUUUUAUACACCGAUGUACUUAGUAGCAUAUUUAUGAUUAUUUUCCACGCUGAAUCCGAAAUAAAGUCUCAAUUUGAGCAACAUCUGGUGUCCGUUCAGACACAAAUUCCACAGGCUGAUUACUUCAAAAUUUUGUUUUUGAUUCAAGGCAGUGGCCAGAAUCGACAGGAAUUAUCGAUUCAACAAAUCACUCUCAAACAACUUAUGCAAACACUACAUCGUCCUGGUAGUUUUAGUGCUUUGUGUGAAGCUUUGUUACCGUCAAUCACUAGUUUGGAUCAGGAUGAGGAAAUCGCAAAAAAACGAUUACAUUGUUGUGCUGUUAUUUCAUCGAUAGUAGCAAAACGAGGGCAUAAAAAGCAGUUCUAUCAUCAAAUCAUUGACGAAAUUCAUGAGCACUUACUUAGCUUUAUACGAAGUAACAAAUCACAUCAACUUUACUAUACUGACGUUGGUGUUCAGUGUUUGAGUAAAUUGUACUCACUUCAGCUUGGAUUUAUUUGCCGCCACAUCACGGAUAUUCUACUUCGGACGCUCAAUAAUUUGGCAGAUCCAAAUGAUUUGAUAGCUGGCGCUAUUCUUUGUGAGGCGAAUGAAUUUAUUGAAGCCGUUCAUUUGUUGCAUUUAACUUUUUGCGCUUCAGGACCUUCCGAUGAUACACUGCCGUCCGAAAUUUUAAAGCCAUACAUGCCGAUGCUGUUCCAAAUUCAUCAUUUAUUAAGUGAAUCAUCGAAUAGAUUGCUGAAACACGAUAUACUUGCUGUAAUUGUUCGGUGUUUAUCUAACCGAGAAAAACUUGAACUCUGCCAAAUUGUUGAAUGGAUUUUGUACGAAGAAUAUAAUAAUUCCUCAAAAUGUCUUCAUCGGCGAGUCAACAUCAAACGUGCCAACAAUGAACAAUGUGAAAGUAUUACCUUCAACAUUGCUGCUAUCGAAGUAGAAAAUGAUUCAACGGACGAUGAUGACUUCAAUAUCAACUCAUUUCUACAGCCAUCAAUUUCUCUGGUGAAUGUAUUGAAACAAUGUAAUCACAACACAUUAAUCUACAACGUUUUCUUACAUUUACUUCAAAUGUUCUCUGAUAAUUGGGGUACAUCCAGGAAAAUCGAACAACUGUCCAGCAGCAGUGAAUUACUUGGCUCUGAAUGUGAACUGAAAAAAGCAAUUGAAAUGAAAUUUAAAAGGAAAUAUUCAGUUAUUCAUGCACUAAAUGAAUUAAUUCUAUUCAAACCAUUUCAUGGACAGUUUGCGGAAAAUCAGCAGGACAUUGUUUCAAUGCUUGACAAAAUGCUUAAUCAACAAAUCGAACAGAUUAAAGCUGCAUUGGAAUCGAAUCAAGAGUUGAUGGCAGAAGACUUCGAAGAAAUUUUGGUUGUUAUUCUGUCCAUUGUGGGAGAUUUUAUGCAACGCAUACAAAAUGAAGAACUGAAAACAAGAUUGGAAACAACGCUUGGAAAAUUGCGGACACAUCUACGUGGCGAUGAAAUGAAAACAGUUAUGGGAAAGUUGGAUAUUGUGCUAGGUGCACCCACUAAAUUUAAAGAUAACUCCAAAUUCCUGGAGGCAAUGGCAAUCUUAAGUGAAACUCAUUCAGAACCUUACACCAAAGUCUAUGGAGUAAUGAAUUUAAUAAAAUUGAUAAAUGAAAGAGAUGAAGAAACUUGCUUGAACGCACACAUCAUUCUUGCCCUGGCAAUGAAGCUGCUUAAAGAAGAAGAUAGCUACAUAUUUCUCAAUUGCAUUAAACUACUGAUUACGCUGGUUGAGAUAUUGGAGGAAACCGUUUUGGAGACGUUGAUAGCUGAGUAUCAUUUCGAUAUUGAUGCUGAUGCAGGCGAUAUAGAUUUUAAGUUGAAAAUUGGCGAAACCGUAGUGAAGGUCACACAAGGUCUUGGAGAAAUGUGCUAUAAAUACAAGUCCAUAUUGAUCAACUGCUAUUUGAGGGGUGCCUAUAAUCCAAAUGAUGAAUUUCGUACAUCAAAUAUGUCAAACUUAGGUGUUAUCAUGCGCAUUUUAUCUUAUCAAGUUCAUCACUUCUUCCAGGAGGUGAUGUUACUUAUUCAAAACACUGUACAGUUUGAUAAGUAUUUACCAACACGGCGAGCAGCAGCUCUAGUCCUCACUGAUCUACUAAACGGCAUGCAGAAUUUAGAACAAUACCAAGACUAUUUACUUCCAAUUUACCGCAUAUUAAAAAAUAUAGCAGAAAAUGAUGCCGAUUUGCAUAUACAAAUACACGCUCGAAAUGGCCUAGAUGCUCUAAGUAAUAAAAUCAAAGAGGCCUUGACCGCUGAAUCCAAAAUGGAAAAAGAAAUUCGUAUUUUUGGCGUGAAAAAUGAUGAUGAGCCCUUCAAAUAUAAAUAAAAAAUGCAAUGCAUUUCAAUUUGUCACACAUUUUUAUUAC